AUGAAUGGCCCCGGAGAGAAGACGUUCAAGGGGUUCUGGCGCGAGCUAUCCAAGGAAGGGUGGAAGCCACGCAAGCCCGUUGGGCUCGGGAAGCACCACAGCUACGUGAAGCUAGGGGUCAAGGGUCGCCUGGACAAUGCGCAACGCGGUGUGGAUUACUUUGUUGGUAAGCACGUGCGGAUG